UCUCUUUCUCUGGUUUGUUCUGAGGGAGUAAUCCGUUAUAAAGGCUGCAGUUACGACCGAAAGGGGUGAUUACCUCCCGAACCAAGACCAAGACCAAACAGCUGAAGCCUGAGGCUGAAGGGGACAAGAUGGCCAACCCGUCUUCAGAUACUGGUGGGGUCAAGGCUUUCCCCAUCGAGGGGCCAUGGAAAAAUGAGCGGGUGCGUCUGGCUGGCAUGACAGAUGCUGACCGUGCCUUCCGCAGGCAAUGGCUGAAGGACCAGAUCCUUGCAGAGAGUGAGCCAGCAGUGGUGCCUGGAUACUAUGAGGCACGCUUCAACCCCAUCCGUCGCAUGUACCGUUGGCCCCUUGACACUCUGUUCAAACCGCUGGUGCCUCUGAUGGGCUAUGAGACUGCAGCCAUGUAUCGGUGGUAUGCUGGGAGGAUUGGCUUGUUGAUCGGGACAGCAUACCUCACCUACUACUACUUCAAAUACAAUCAAAAUGACUGGACAAGCAAGAGUGGGUGGCGUGUGAUAACUUCACGUGAAACUGUGGCGCCUGAUGACCCUCGUUUCCCAUUGGUCUCAGACAGGAAGGUGGGAGCAGAUUAUGCCUCCAGGAACUUCAAGUCCAGUGUGAUUUAAAAUAGUUUCCUUUCUCAAACUACCUUUAGAACUGUAUUUUCUUUCAUUUUCUUCCCAUAUCAGUUGUGAUCACCAGCUUGAUGUGACACAUUUUGUAUAUAUAUGUAUGAAGAAUAAAUAUUUAAUUCCUAA